UUGGCACAAGCAUGUGCCGUCCUGAUACAAGCGUAGUUGAGAAAUGCUCCGCGGCCGCACACCACCAAAGUUGUGGAUCCGGGCGCACGUGCAGAUCGUCCAUCUGUAUGUCUCCUUGCUUCUCCAUUAUUGGAACAUUUCAUGGAUGAUACGGUCUCGGGCAUGACGUGCAUGAACUGUUCGAGUGCCAUUUUAAAUUGAACCUGCUGUUUAUGAACGACGAGGAGGAAUUUUGACCAGAUACCCAAAGCAAAAUGGCAAUUUUCCCAAGACUGUUCAAAGGUUCAAUGCGCAUGCUCAUGCCAAUGCGAAGCUCGACGAAGUGUCUGAGAGUUCCAGUGCAAGAAGGGAGCGACAGCCGAGCUAUACCCUAAAAGAAUCUGACAUCUCUCUACAGGGGCUCAGAGUUUCCUCCCGAUAAUUGUUGAAAUCUCGUGCCGUGUUUUCAAUCACCGGGUCAAACACCGGGAGCGAAGUUUACUUGACGUGACCUCUACCCCUGCACCGAAGACCUCCGGAAAGGGUUUGAUGCAACUCUUGCGUUGAUGACAGUAGGACGACAACUACAGCGGAUUCUGAAAAAGGCCCCAUGACAACAGAUUUGUCCAAUCAAACAGUCCAGAGACCGCCCAAGCAAGCGGAGCCAUGGGGACGAGGCGAAGCUUCAAGGCAAUGAACGCGAGUGGUGCAUCAAUGUGACUAGUUGCAGAAUAUUACCAUCGACUGUUCCGGAGUCCAAAACGCUGACGGUUUGGGCAUCUUCCUUCACACACUACACUUUAACUGUUGAAACCAUUUUGGAUUUCUUGUGGGAUGCAGAAAUUCGGUGCGGAUCUUGAAGGAGGAUCAUACGCUCCUACUCACUAUGCACAAGCUCCACCGCCCCAUACGUCCUUCUAAAUUUGGUCCAAUUACAGUUGGUCCCAAAAGAAGGCUUCAAAAAGGCCUAAAGUCCUCUCGAUCUGCUGGUAGAUGGAGAGAAACUAGACUAACUUUCCAAAUUAGGCGAGUUGUUCAGGGCAAUGGAGCACAAGCAAGAGAUGAGAUCAAUCUUGGGAAGAAAGCUGGUGAGAAACGCAACCCCGCAAAUCAACCGUCUACCGGGAAGAGAAUGGGUCUCAUUUCACAAUUCUUUGACAUGGGCGAUUGUCUGGCAAUCUGCCUACAACUUGUCAAGGACUCUAUAGUCUCCACCAGCUGAGUUGGGUCAUUUUGUCCCACGAGCAUUAUUCCCUCCUGGAUUAGUUUUUUUUGGAUAUCAUAGUACACAGGGAAUCACCUUCGUACUCGACACAGUGUGGAUAUUCGAAGGAAAUAGUCAUGAUCAGUAGUCUCCGUUUGUUUACCCUGACCUAACACAUUCGACAAUCACUUGCUUGUGACGAACAGACCACAUGCACGAAUGACAUGUCGAGAACACACUCCAUUCGUCAAGGUAAGUGGUCUACCUAUAUCAGAAAGGAUGGAUGUUGGAAAAUGAUAGCACGGGGGCAAAAAUGAAAUGGAGUGACAACGAGGGGUAUCGGGAUUGAGAGGGAGUCAAACUAAAGGUUACCUUGAGUCUUAAAGUAAGAAGCUCUCGUGCGAGAGAGGAGAGCUGUAAUCGUCAAAUCAUGUGAUGUGGAUGAUGUGGGUCCGUUAGGUAGUUACAUAACACGGAGAAAUUGGGGUGAUCGUUGCUGAUGGCCAUAUGAUCUGCUUACCACAUCCGUGUUGGCAGUUUUUUCCUUCUUCUGUUUCACCAUGGCGUAGAACGUGGGGUCCAUUCAUGUAGACAAGGCUCCAGUCGAGGGACCCAUGAAAAGACAGACGCGAGUUUCCUUGUGGUUCUCUUGUGUUGGCAACGACGAGAAGAGUAGAGAAAAACAACAUGGUCUUGUAGAGUGGGGCCCAAGAUGAGUAGCACUACAUUGGUCAUCACGAAUAGUGACAUCCACACAAACCAGAUGGCGAGAAUUCAUGAUCUGGUCCACCAAUAAUUCUCUCUUCUGGAACUUGUGGUGGUGAUGGAAGUCAAGACUAAAGGCACUCCCAAAGCCAAGGGUUAUUUUGUUUGAUGGGAUCCAAACAAACCAGCUAUCCUACAUACUUUCAAUUUGCAACCCCAAAGCGUGAAGCAUGGCAGCUUUCUUUGUUCAUUUCUUAAAACUUCAUGGUUCAAGAAGUGGCAUGCCAGGACGAGUGGGCCCUUACACUUUCUAUCAGUCGAUGAAUUCUUGC